AUGACAUCCCGCAAACGCUCUUCAGACCAGCAGGAUGCCGAAGACACCCAAGCCAAGAAGAGCCGGGUGAGCUACAAAGGCGCGCCAACCAAAACCGAUUCCAACGGCGAUCAAUACUGGGAAGUCUCCAAAAUGCGCCGUGUGACUGUUUCCAAGUUCCGUGGUCGAACUAUGGUCAAUGUGCGGGAAUAUUAUGAGAAAGAUGGUCAGGAACUUCCUGGGAAGAAGGGAAUUUCUUUACCGGUGGAACAAUUCGCCGCACUCGUUAAACUUCUUCCUGAUAUCGAACAAGCCCUCGAACAACAGGGUGAAUCAUUGCCUCGACCGGAAUAUUUCGAUAAUACGGCCCAGGGCCACGCUGCUGAGGGAAGUGAUGAAGAAAUGGAUGGAAAAGUAGCAAGUCCCUCGAAGCAGAAUAUCGACGCUACGAGUGACGAGGAAAGUGAGGCGUGA